AUGAUAUUGAAAAUACUGAUGAUUGUUUUUGUCGUGGGCAAUGCCAAAAUUUAUGAUAAUCUGGUAAAUUAUAACAGGAAGAAAGACCAGGGCAGCGAAAACUGUGUCGGAUAUGGACAAUCGUGUGAUCCAGAUUAUUUUGAUCCGUGUAAUAAAACUAACGUAUGCAGAGCUAUCAAAUGGAUGGAAAAUGAAGAAAAAUUUUUGUGCUUAAAUCCAGUAUUGUUAGGAGAGCAUUGUCUAUAUGAUACAGACUGUCUGAGGCUGGACUACGCAACGUGCAGUAGAGAAGACCAUAGAUGUACAUGUCUACCACAUUACGGUCUGAUAAAGCAGAAUUUAAGAUGUGUUGCGCUCAUUGGUGGUUACUGUGAUCAAGGUCACCGUUGCUUAGUUGAAAAUUCAAUUUGUAUAAAUGAUAAAUGCCAAUGCAAAGAACGAUUUGCAAUGAGAUCGAAUAAAGAAUGUGUGCUAACUUCGAUAGGGGAAUCAUGUAGAAAAGAUAUUGACUGUAGUGACAUUCUGCAUAUUGGCUGCUCGGUUAGUAAAAAAUGUGUGUGUAAAAAUAAUCAUAUUUUGGUAAAUAAUUCAACGUGUGUACCACUUUUGGGUGAAUAUUGCUGGAGCGAUGAACGUUGUGCGCCUGCUAAUUCCAUGUGUAUCAAUAAUCAUUGUCAAUGCAAGCCUGAUUACACGGCACUGACUAAAAUUCUUUGCGUAAAAUGUAAGUAUAAUUAG